GGUGAGGGGAGCUUUAAAUUCCAGGGGUAGAGAAGAGAGAGGCAGUCCUGAGAGUGAAGCACACUGACAGUCCUGUGAUCAGCUGGAUUGAUAGUGAUUGGACAACAUGUUCUCCAUUCUGAGGCUGAUGAUUUUCGGUUGCUUGAGUCAGAUCGCUCUGAGCUGUACGUGUGGCCCUAAACAUCCCCAGUCAGCAUAUUGUGACUCGGCUGUCGUUAUACGGGCAAAGUUUGUUGGCCAAUCCAAGAGUGAGAAACAAGAGCAAUGGAUGCAGUAUGAAGUGAAACCCACCAAGGUUUUCAAGGCUCCGGAUAAUGUUGGAGAGAUCGAGUUUGUGCACACAGCCAGGGAGGACAGUAUGUGUGGAUAUAUCCAUCAAUCUAAGAACAGGUCCGAGGAAUUCCUCAUUACUGGAUAUGUUGUGAAUAAUGUAGUGGUUAUUAAUUCCUGCGGAUUCAUUGCUCCCUGGGCCUCCCUGAGCUUUUCUCAAAAGAGAGGAUUCCAGCAGGUGUAUGAAAAGGGCUGCACAUGCAAGAUUGUCCCUUGUUACAGCAUGCCAUGUGAGGUGACAUCGGACAGCCAGUGUCUCUGGACUGAUCCAUUUAUGCAGAAAAACCAGCAAGCCCGUGACCUGGCCUGUUUGGAUAAAGGCAAUGGACUGUGUGUGUGGGAGAACCAGAAGUAUCGAUUACUCACCACUCUCAGCAAAUCCAAGAAACAUUAAGGUGCCCCGGAGAGAGUAACACUGCACUGCCAACACAAUCCUUGUCUAUGUCUAACACACUCACACAUGUUCUCUGUAACUGUGCUGAAGCCAUGGAAAGGCCUAACUUGCCUGCAGGGGGCAGUGUGGAAACGAAAACUGCUUAUUAGACUGCUGCGUCCUACAUUGUGUGCAAGCUGUACACAUUAAUUAGGGGCUCGGAAGAUAUUCACUCACACAGCUGGAUUGCACAAUUCUUUUCAUAUAUUUAUCCUGUUACAUAGCUUGUCACAAUGACUCAGAUUUUCUUUAAUAAA